AUGGCCCAUAAGUCCGAAGGCGCGAGUUGGAACCAAUCCUAUCCGGAGCCUGAUCCAAACAACUACUCUGCGUACCAACGGGAGAUCUAUGGCUCUCUGCGGGCUCCUAUAUUCUCCACCAACCCGUCCACGUGGGAGUCUCUAGCCCGCUCCAAGGUCCCUGCUCCUAAUUUCGGCUACGUGUACGGGUCAGCGAGCAGCGGUCAAACCAAUGCUGCCAACAUCUCUGCUUUCGAUCGGUACCGGAUCCGACCCCAUAUGCUGGUCAACGCCACACGUCGCGACAUGGGCGUUGAGCUGUUCGGAACCAAGUACAACAGUCCACUUCUGUUGGCCCCAGUUGGGGUCCAGAAUAUCAUGCACGAAAACGCUGAAGAGGCCACCGCGAAAGCUUGUCAAAAAGUCGGCGUACCUAUGAUUCUCUCCUCAGCCGCCACAAGAACCAUUGAACAAGUCGCCGCAGCCAAUGGCACCGGUGACCGUUGGUAUCAACUUUACUGGCCCAGACCGCAAUGGGAAGAAGUCACCGUCAGCUUGCUAAACAGAGCAAAAGCCAACGGAUUCAAGGUCUUGGUCGUCACAUUAGACACCUUCAACCUAGCCUGGAGGCCAACCGAUCUUGAUCAUGCAUAUCUCCCUUUUGUCUGGGGUGACGGCUGCCAAAUCGGACAUUCUGACCCGGCUUUCAAGCGUAGAUUUGAAGAAAUUCAGAAGAAUGAUACAAGAGGCUAUGGAGAGAAGUUGGCCGAGCUCUGGGCAAUGAUGAAGAGGCCGGGCUCCAUCUAUGGCGCGGCGCGAGUGCUGACAAACAUCUCUCUCCUACAAAAGUCAAGGGCUUGGUUGGAUGUCAUGGCUUCUGGGACGUACAGGGAGUGGAAGCACUUGGAAAUUCUCAAGAAGCUGUGGGACGGGCCAAUUGUCCUCAAAGGAAUCCAGACGGUGGAUGACGCUCACAGAGCCAUUGACUAUGGAAUGGACGGCAUCAUUGUGAGCAAUCAUGGAGGCCGGCAAUGUGAUGGUGCUAUCGCUUCCCUCGAUGCUUUGGCCGAGAUUGCUGCCGACGAAAGGGUCAAGCGAUCUAACUUGACUCUUUUGUUUGACAGUGGUAUCCGGACAGGGAGCGAUGUGUUGAAAGCAUUAGCACUGGGUGCCAAAGCUGUGUGCAUUGGCAGGCCUUUCAUGUAUGGUCUUGCUGUCGGGGGACAAGAAGGGGUGGAGCAUGUCCUCCGGUGCCUGCUCGCUGACACUGACAACAUGCUGGGCAAUAUGGGUAAGACGAGUGUGAAGGACCUGAGCCGACAUGACUUGCAAAUUAGACCCGAAUCAAAGCUGUAG